GGUGCCGUCGGGCUGGGCGGCGGCGGCGAACGAACCCUGGCCUGAACCUCGCUGGGAGCGGCGCGAGCCGGCCGCGGCUACCAUGUCGGCGUCGUCUGAGGAGGAGGAGUACGCGCGGCUGGUGAUGGAGGCGCAGCCCGAGUGGCUGCGUGCCGAGGUGAAGCGGCUGUCGCACGAGCUGGCCGAGACCACGCGCGAGAAGAUCCAGGCGGCUGAGUACGGGCUGGCGGUGCUGGAGGAGAAGCACCAGCUCAAGCUGCAGUUCGAGGAGCUCGAGGUGGACUACGAGGCGAUCCGCGGAGAGAUGGAGCAGCUCAAGGAGGCCUUUGGACAGGCGCACACGAACCACAAGAAGGUGGCGGCGGACGGCGAGAGCCGGGAGGAGAGCCUGAUCCAAGAAUCGGCGUCUAAGGAGCAGUACUACGUGGGCAAGGUGCUGGAGCUGCAGGCCGAGCUGAGGCAGCUGCGCAACGCGCUGGCCAACGCGCAGUCCGAGAGCGAGCGCCUGGCCUCCGUGGCGCAGGAGCUCAAGGAGAUCAACCAGAACGUGGAGGUUCAGCGGGGCCGCCUGAGGGAUGACAUCAAGGAGUACAAGUUCCGGGAGGCACGCCUGCUACAGGAUUACUCGGAGCUAGAGGAGGAGAACAUUGGCCUGCAGAAGCAGGUGUCCCUGCUCAGGCAGAACCAGGUGGAGUUUGAGGGCCUCAAGCAUGAAAUCAAGCGACUGGAGGAGGAGGCUGAGUACCUCAACAGCCAGCUGGAAGAUGCCAUCCGGCUCAAGGAAAUCUCGGAGCGGCAGCUGGAGGAGGCACUGGAGACGGUGAAGACUGAGCGGGAGCAGAAAGCAAGCCUGCGCAAGGAGCUGUCCAACUACAUGAGCAUCAACGACUCGCUCUACACCAGCCACCUGCACAUCUCCCUGGACAGCCUCAAGCUCGGCGACGACGCAGAGGCCCUGGCCAAUGGCUUUGAGCAUGGUGGCUUGGCCAAGUUGCCACUAGAUAACACGACCUCCACACCCACUAAGGAUGGCCUCUCUCCCCCCUCACCCAGCCUCGUGUCCGACCUCCUCAGCGAGCUGAACAUUUCUGAGAUCCAGAAGCUGAAGCAGCAGCUGAUGCAGGUGGAGCGCGAAAAGGUGGGUCUGCUGGCGACACUGCAGGACACACAGAAGCAGCUGGAGCAGGCGCGGGGGUCCCUGUCAGAGCAGCAAGAGGAGGUGAGCCGCCUCACUGAGAACCUGAGUGCUCUGCGGCGCCUGCAGGCUAGCAAGGAGCGGCGGGCAGCCCUGGACAGCGAGAAGGAACUCGACAGCCAUGAGGAUGGUGACUACUAUGAGGUGGACAUCGACGGGCCUGAGAUCCUGGCCUGCAAGUACCGUGUGGCCCUGGCAGAGGCUGGCGAGCUCCGGGAGCAGCUGAAGGCCCUACACAGCGCACAUGAGGCUGGCGAGGCCCAGCAUGCAAAGGAGAAGGACCAGCUCGAGGCUGAAAACCGAGCACUCACCGAGAAGGUCGCCCUGCUGGAGAAGGCUAGUCGCCAGGACCGGGAGCUGCUGACCCGGCUGCAGAUGGAGCUGAAGAAGGUGAGCGACAUUGCAGGUGAGACCCAAGGCAGUCUGAGCGUGGCCCAGGAUGAGCUGGUGACCUUCAGCGAGGAGUUGGCCAACCUCUACCACCACGUGUGCAUGUGCAACAACGAGACACCUACCCGCGUCAUGCUGGACUACUACCGCGAGGGCCCAGCUGGUGCCGACCACAGCAGCCCUGAGGCCCGCGGGCGCCACUCACCUGUGCUGCCCAAGGGGCUGCCAGCUACAGAGGGCGGAGCGGGGGACAGCAGCUCCUCACCCAGCUCCACGCUGCCUUCGCCCCUGAAUGAUCCGCGGCGGGAGCCCAUGAACAUCUACAACCUUAUAGCCAUCAUCCGCGACCAGAUCCGGCACCUGCAGGCAGCCGUGGACCGCAGCACGGAGCUGUCGCGGCAGCGCCUGGCCUCGCAGGAGCUGGGCCCCGCCGUGGACAAGGACCGGGAGGCGCUCAUGGAGGAGAUCCUCAAGCUGAAGUCUCUGCUCAGCACUAAGCGGGAGCAGAUCACCACACUGCGCACAGUGCUGAAGGCCAACAAGCAGACGGCCGAGGUGGCCCUCGCCAACCUGAAGAGCAAGUACGAGAACGAGAAGGCCAUGGUGACCGAGACGAUGAUGAAGCUGCGCAACGAGCUCAAGGCCCUCAAGGAGGACGCGGCCACCUUCUCCUCACUGCGCGCCAUGUUCGCCACCAGGUGUGACGAGUACAUCACACAGCUGGAUGAGAUGCAGCGACAGCUGGCAGCGGCUGAGGACGAGAAGAAGACACUCAACUCGCUGCUGCGCAUGGCCAUUCAGCAGAAGCUGGCACUGACACAGCGGCUGGAGCUGCUCGAGCUGGACCAUGAGCAGACCCGGCGGGGCCGCGCCAAGGCCACCCCCAAGGCCAAGCCCAGCACCCCGAGUGUAAGUCACACCUGCGCCUGCGCCAGAGACAGGGCUGAGGGUGCCGGGCUUGCUGCCCAGGUGCUCUGCGCUGUAGAGUAGCUGCCAGGAGGACUUGGCCACCGGCCCUGUCUGCGCCCUCCCUUCCCCUCCCGUGGGCCCACGCGGAGGAAGGAAGGGCGCCUGAAAGUCCACUUAGAAACGCUUUUGGAUGUGCCACUGCAAUUCUUUUCAAAAUAGCAUUCCCUGAGUGUUAAUGGCAGAGGAAAAAGCUUUAAUGUUGAGAAUGCUGCCAUCUGCUGCUUGAAAAGGCGCUGACAAGUGCUGAAGAACCUGCCUGGACAGGACCUCCAGGCUCGCUUAGGAGCCCACUAGAGGCGUGCAGCUGGGGUCUAGACCCCUACAACGGAUACUUCUUAUCCAAUCAACUUGCGCACUUUUUGAUACUUUGAUACUCUUUGCUUCCUAGUCCCUCACAUAGAUGGUCUCCGAGGCUAGGGUCUGUCUUGUGGUCCUGUCGUGCUCCGUCUUAGCUCCCACUGUGUUGAUCUGACAUCAGCACGUGGCACAGACGUGUCCUCCUAGCGUGUAGCUCUGGACUGUAUAUACGAAGGCUUGGACCCAGCAAGGAGCUCAGUUAAAUGUAUGCACGCUGUGGCUCAGCUGCCUUCAGAUUAUACGGCAUUGUGAUUCAUGUUUGAAAUUACAGAUUUUAAAUGCCAUGUUCAUUAAGAAAUCCAGGGUAUUCCAAUUCUGGGGUUUUUCAUAUUGUAUUAUUAUUAUUCUUAGGAAUAGUUCGACGUAACAAGAAGAAAACUUGACCUUUGCUCUGGUUAAGCAGUAAAAGGCACUUGAGAAUAAAAAGAAAAAUUAUUGAAUGAGUAGUAUUACCUAUAAAUUCCAGAAUUUUCUGGGUUUUGGGACAUUGUAAAGCAUGACUGAUUAACAGAAUUUUAUACAACUGUACCAGUGAAAUUCCAAAUUGGAAUUGUGUUGUUACUCUGGUUGUUGUGCCAAAUGUGGUACACUUAGGAAACCCUCCAGCCGUUGAUGUUGAGGGUGUUCUGCCUCAGCGCCUUUGUUAGAAAUCAUUGCCAGUAGUGCCUUCAUCGGGUAGGGGAGGUGUCCCAGCACAGUGUGUUCUCUUCACCAGCAGUGAGCAGCUGGUUGGGGUGCUGUGUGGCCCAGCAGCUGUGAGAGGGCGCACACCUUCACCCUUGACCCUGGGCAUCUCCAUUGAGGGAAAGAAACAAUUGUGCAAAAUUCUGUUAGUCAGUGAUUCCUUACCCUGAAGAUCCUUGCAAAUUCAGGGGCUGAGAAACAAAAAUGGACACAAACCUUGAGUGUGCUUUGGGAACCAAAUGGACUUUAUAGGGCAAGCUAAGCAAGUGGUUUGAACAACAUGCCAUGUUUGUGGAGAGCGGGAUGCAGGGGAGCCGGCACUGUCGGUCUCAUGCAGUGGGGUGAGGGCUAGCCAUAGUAUUCUUUGCAAUUGUGAGGAGAGAGAGUAUAUGUUCUCUUGCUUGGUGUAACUAAUCACUGUUGAUUUCAGGAAACAGAAUUCGCUAAAGCUCUUUAGCAAGCUAGGUCUGUUCCCUGCCCACUUUGCUGAGUGAGGCUAUGCGGAUAGUCCGAUUGGUACCUGCAAAGGAAGGGAGAAAAGGUGUCCUCCUUCCUCCAAAAUAAAGGGCAAAUUACAAUAAUACAAGUAACAGGAAUGAAAGAAUUCUGUUUCCUGGAAUAAGCAUUUCUUACUCCUAGUUGUAGGGACCUCUAUUUUUACCUUCUAUUACAGUGUCGAUUCACAAGAAAUAAUGUUACAUUUGCCAUAUCUUCAUCUGUAUGGGGUAUUUAUUUGCAAUGAUGUCUGAGUACUGUAUUUUUUUCUGUGCAUUAUCUUAGCGUCAGAAUGUUGUCUUUAUUUUAACAUCAGUGCAUGGUCUCCUGCCAAGGAACCUUUACACAGACCCAAGAAAAACAAAGACGCCUUCCAGAGUCUGAGAAAAGGAGGCAGAGCAUAGAAAUGAAUAGGAAGGAGAAAUUAUUUGCAACGUGGAACACAGAGAAGUGGUGCAAAUGUCCACGAAGCCAGUGCGCAUAGGAACAGUGGGCUGGUAAAGAGUCCUGAGGCAGGAACAAUGAAUAAAGGACAGUGAAAAGCA